AUCCGUGAAUGGUAUAAAAGUGGAAAAAAUUCCAUUCAUUAUUAUGUCAGAAUCAAAAAGUGAAAUCUUUCAUCCUUUAUGAUAAAAUUAUUACAUAAUGAUUCAACAAUUUUUAGCGAUUGUUCCAUUGAUCUUUUCAUCGGUUGUCAAUGUUCAUGGAAAUGGCCGAAUUGAACAACAAAACCUUGGCAUUCCAGAUGUGAUCAGUCCUCCUUCAGAAUCAGAAUCAUCAUCAUCAUCUUCAUCGUCGCAGUACAUAACCCAACAAAACAUUGGGAUACCCGAUGGUCUUGGUUAUCAACCAAUGCCAUCAUCCGGAUCUUCUUCAUCUUUAUCAUCUUCUUCAUCAUCAUCAUCAUCAUCAAUUGGUUUCUUACCUCAACAAAAUAUUGGAAAACCCGAUAUUGCUGCCAGUGGUGGAUCUCAACCAUCGUCAUAUGAAGCAUUUUCUUCUUCCUCCUUAUCUUGUUACGGAUCACCACAAGGAAGCGGUUUUAUGCCACAGCUAAACAUCGGAAUACCAGGACGUUACCCAAGUAGCAAUCGUCAAGUCAUCACAUUACCUGUUCAUAGUCGACAUACGAUUGAAUAUGUUGAUGUACCAUCGACUGGUAAUAUUCAACCGAUUAAUAUUCAAGUUCCAGCUCCACGUCUUGGUGCUAAUUUUAAUUUUCGUUCAAGUUCAAACAUAAAAGUAUCACAAUCACAUCAAAAUUCACCGGGUGGUUAUCACCAAGAAACAUCAUCAAUCGACGAACCGAUUCGGCUUUCCAUGACAGUUCGACGUCCAGUCGUACAUGAAUUGAGAGAAACCAUUCAACCAUAUCGUAAGGUGUAUGAGAUGAAUUCAGAUGCAACUCUUGGUGGUACUCGACCACAACAACAACAACAAAAACAACCGCAAUCUGGUCGCAAAGGUAAUCGACGAUUCUAUGAUGGUUCAUAUGGAAUUGGACAGCAAAAAAUUUAGGAACUGAGACACACAGAGAAAUUUCUUUUCGCAAUCUAUAAUCACUGCUUGUUGUAAACAGCCACAAUGACAUUGUUGUAACAUUGUUUCUUAUGAAUAAAAUCAGAUUUUUUUCAUUUCUUUU